AUGGUUGACAGUCAGGUGAUUGUAACCUUCAUCCUGAAGAUGGCGAUCAAGUGGCUCAUCCGAGGCAGUAAAGAAGGGGGCAGUUUAAGGGUACAAGAGAGGUUCAUUGCUGGCUCUCUGGCAGGAGCUACUGCCCAGACCAUCAUCUACCCCAUGGAGGUGCUAAAGACCCGUCUUACGUUAAGGAAAACAGGACAGUACUCUGGUAUGGCUGACUGCGCCAGACAGAUACUAAAGACGGAGGGAGUCCGGGCUUUCUACAGGGGCUACCUGCCAAAUACUCUGGGCAUCAUCCCCUAUGCUGGCAUCGACUUGGCUGUGUAUGAGACUUUAAAGAACGCCUGGCUCCAGAGGUACUGUGUAGAUUCAGCAGAUCCAGGAGUUUUGGUCCUACUGGGUUGCGGUACCAUCUCCAGCACCUGCGGCCAGCUGGCGUCCUACCCCCUCGCUCUCAUUCGGACACGUAUGCAGGCACAAGCCACCACUGAGGGUAUACCCAAGCUGACCAUGGUGGGCCAGUUCAAAUACAUUAUAUCUCAUGAAGGUGUGCCGGGCCUGUAUCGCGGCAUCACCCCCAACUUCCUCAAAGUCAUUCCAGCCGUCAGCAUCUCCUACGUGGUGUACGAGCACAUGAAAAAAGUCCUAGGGGUGGGUUACUAAACCGGGACAAACAAAGAGGGACUAAUGGCAGAAAGGACAGAGAA